AUGACCCUCUUCCGCCAAACCAAUGCAUUGAUUGGGAAAGACCUCAAAAUCGUAGCACAACGCAGAUGGGCAUCGACAUUCCUCCGAGCGAUUGCUCUCCCAAUUGCAUACAUCAUUUUCAUCGCGUACGCGCGUAACUUCUUCCUCCCGCCGUCUGAGUAUGGCUUUGGUUCUCCUCGACCGAUCCGGGACUUGACAACAGAAGUCUUCAACUCAUCAACCUCCCUCGGCGGCCGUGACCGUGUCGUCUUCAUCAACAAUGGCUACCAGAACGGCCAAAUCGACAUCCUCAUCGAUCGCCUCUCAUCACCACUACGCGCUGCAGGCGCCGACGUGCGUACCCUCCCGGACGAAGAUCGCCUUUCGGAAAUCUGUCAGAGCUCCCUGGCCGGCUUCUCGAGUUGCUAUGCAUCCGCAAGCUUCACCGGGUCUCCCACAGAAGGCUCCCCGUCUCAUUGGAGCUACACUGCCCGAAUCGAUGCCGGCUUGGGCGUCAGCGUUUUCGUCAACCAGGAUGACAACGCCGCGCAGGUCUAUGUGCUGCCGUUCGUCCAAGCGAUUGAUGCUGAGAUUGCACGUAUGAGUGGCGCGGAGUUGCCGACGGACAUGCUGGAGCAGCCGUUCACCUAUGAGACGAUCCAGGAUCGGGAGAACGAUGUGCAGCGGUUCUUCAUGUCGGCACUGAGUGACUAUCUGGCCGUAACGUUGUUUAUUGCUAUUUGCGGGAUUGUGUUCCACCUUCCGGGUUAUCUUGCUGUGGAGCGAGAAGCUGGGUUGGCGAAUCUUGUCGAUGUUAUGUCGCACGACAGGCGUCCCUGGAUCACGGUCAUCGCAAGACUCGCCUCCCAUUACGCCUCCUUCGCGCUGAUCUACCUUCUCGGCUGGCUUGCAAUCGGUAUCGUAGUCUCCGAGCUCAUAUUCGUGAGGACCGCGGCAUCCAUCGUCAUCCCCUUCCACCUCAUGCUCGGCCUUUCCCUAACAGGCUACUCUCUGCUCUUCGGGAGCUUCUUCAGGCGUGCGCAACUGUCCGGCAUCUCAGCUCUGAUCGUUUCGCUCGCUCUCGCGGUCGUGGCUCAGUUCGCGCCAAGAGUCCUGGCCUCGACAAUCCCAUUGGGCUUGCUUUUCCCACCAGCGACAUACACUCUGUUUGCGAUCCAGCUUGCCGACUCAGAGCACUUGCUGCAAGGCGGACAGCUCGACGAGCUGCAGCCCUGGUCGAGCUUGGAUGUCCGUGGAUAUGUGUUCUUCGUCUUUCUUGGGGUUCAGAUCGUGGUGUUCCCGCUACUGGCGGCCUUUGUGCAGUGGUCUCUACACGGGACCUCGCGGAAGAGAGUUGCACAUGUUCGAGAUCCGGCGCUGGCUCUGAGGCUCACCAACGUGUCAAAAACAUUUGGCGGCUUCUGGCACACAAAAGUACCUCUCUUGGGACGGGAGACAGUACGAGCGGUGGAUGACCUUAGCCUGGACGUCGUCAGUGGCCAGCUCGUCACCUUGCUGGGUGUGAAUGGAUCGGGAAAGUCGACUUUGCUUGCAGGCAUCACUGGCACCCUGUCGUUCUCUCAAGGCUCAAUGGAGCUUGUCAGAGGCACGAGCGUUGGCUUCUGCCCUCAACGCAACGUUACAUGGAGCGAUCUUACGGUCCUUGAGAACCUCAAGAUUAUGGCAAAGUUGAAGACCAAGACUUCGGCGGACUUUGGCAAAGACAAUGCUCGAAAUCUCAUCAAUGCUUGCGACCUGGGAGAGAAAAUAAAGCAAAAACCUCAAGCACUCUCCGGCGGUCAACAACGAAAGCUGCAACUGGCUCUCGCGUUCGCUGGAGGCAGUAAGAUAUGCUGUAUUGACGAGGCGUCGUCUGGAUUGGAUCCGCUCUCACGCCGGAAGAUCUGGGAGAUCAUGCUCGCCCAAAGAGGUGCACGCACAAUCAUCCUGACGACUCACGCUCUAGACGAGGCGGAUGCUCUGUCCGACCAUGUCGCGAUCAUGUCCAAAGGACGUCUCAUCGCUGAAGGCUCAUCCGCGGAGCUGAAGCAUAUGUAUGGAGGCGGGUUCACUGUCGUCACGCAGGCGAACGGGAACCUCAACGACCGCAGCUUGACGGUCAGGGGCCACGAGAGGAGCUCUAAAGCUGCAGACAUUGCGGAAGUACGUCGGACGGUCGAGUCGAGCAAUAACGACCAGCAUUCGACUGUUGACAUUCGAUGUCCUUCCAUCGAAGACGUCUUUUUGAAUCUGGCACAACAUGGCUCCGAAUGGACAACUGAGACUCGAAGCUCCUCUCCCACCACAGACGUCGACAUCGACUCUCCUUCGAUCGAGAAGAAUGCAGCGGCUUCCUCCCCAGGAAAGGGAACCAACUUCUUCCAGCAAGUCAUGAUAUUGUUCAGAAAGCGACUUGUCGUCCUCCGCCGCAAUUACAUGCCGCACAUCUGCGCGCUGAUUGUCCCUGCUGUCGUUGCAGGUCUGGGCUGCUACUACUUCCUUCAAGGAUUUACCGGUAUACCCUGUGCCCAGCGGGUGGGCAACGACCCACAGGUCCUAACACUGGGAGCUCUGGAACGAUACUGGGGCAUCGAGGUCCCUGUGGCACCUGCGGAUCGCCUAUCUUAUUCCAACUUGCCAGCAGCAUAUUACCAGUACCGCAGCAGGCUACGAUUACAGAGCGACUACGCCGACUAUCAAGCUUACAUCCACAACAACUUCCGCGAUGUGGCUCCUGGCGGCUUUUACGUUGGGAACGCCAGUGAUCCGACGCCUUUGAUGUCGUACAGAAUCAACGGAAACCCGGGCUAUGCUGGUCUGGCCAAAAAUCUAGCAGAUUCUUACUUUACCGGGGUCAAUAUCAAUGCCGACUUUUCUACAUUCCAACUCCCACUGACUGGCAGCACCGGCGACUCGCUGCAACUGAUCCUCUACAUCACCCUAGCAAUGUGCGUAUACCCAGCCUUCCUGGCCCUCUAUCCGACAUACGAGCGCAAGUCCAAUGUCCGCGCUCUACAUUACAGCAGCGGCGUGCGACCUGCCCCUUUAUGGCUCGCAUACCUGCUGUUCGACAGCAUCGUCAUCGUACUGGUCUCGAUCGCGGUCGUAGUCAUCUUCACGGGGCUUUCAGACGUGUGGUACGGUCCUGGCUACAUCUUCUUCGCGCUGUUCCUGUACGGCGUCUGCUCGACUCUGCUCGCCUACGCCAUAUCGCUCGCCUGCAACACGGUGCUUGCCGCUUUCGCCAUGGUCGCUGGAUACCAGGCUGUCUCGGUGCUGAUAUAUUUCAUACUGUAUCUCGUGCUUCUGACGUUCGGCUCUGCGGAACUACUACAAAGCAAUCUGGAGGUUGUGCAGUUCACGUACGGCCUCAUAUGUCCGGCAGGAAGCUUGCUACGGGUUCUUCUCCUGGCGUUGAAUCAGUCUCAGUUACUCUGCCGUGAGCGCAGCUUUGCUGGUGAUCCUGGGAGCAUUGAGAUCUACGGCGGCAUCUACCUGUACCUCAUCCUGCAGUCGGUCGCGCUGUACGGCUUUUUGGUCUGUCACGAUUCCUUCACGUGGACGCAGCUCAUCGACCGGAUUCGGAAACCUUCUGUCGAUACGGAUUCAGAGAAGGACAGCCACGUCCAGCAUCCCUCCGUAGGUCAAGAAGCAACCAGGACCCAGGCGUCUGCCGACGAGCUUAGACUUCUCAGCCUUUCGAAGCGCUUUGGAAAGGAGCUCGCGGUCGACAACGUUACCUUGGGCGUUGAUCGAGGCGAGAUAUGUGCAUUGCUUGGCCCGAACGGUGCCGGGAAGACUUCGACGAUUGGCCUGAUCAGAGGUGAUCUUCGGCCUUCGUCAUCGGCGUCCUCUGCACUCAUCUCGGGGCAUUCCAUCCAACGCGAGAAACUAGCAGCGCACCGUCACUUGGGAGUUUGCCCACAAUUCAACGCCACUGACCGGAUGACCGUGAUCGAGCAUCUCAAGUUCUACGCAAGGAUCCGAGGCGUGCAGCAGGUCUCCUCGCGAGUAGCAACAGCAGUGAAGGCUUUUGGGCUGUAUGAGUACCGCAACCGCCUGGUCGCCAAACUCUCCGGCGGCAACCAGCGCCGUCUCUCCUUAGCGACUGCCAUGAUCGGUAACCCUACCGUCGUUUUAUUGGACGAGAUGUCGACCGGGGUCGACUCUCUCGCGAUGCGCAAGAUGUGGCAGUUGAUCUCGGAAGUGAAGAGUCAGGUGGCUAUUGUAAUCACCACCCACUCGAUGGAAGAAGCGAGUGUGUUGUCGGACAAGGUUGCAAUCAUGAGCAAGAGGCUUCUGACUGUCGGAAGUCCAAGGCAGCUGAGGGACAGUUAUACUGUUGGUGUCUACCAGGUGCACAUUGUGCACAGCAAAGGGUCAGCAACGACGAAGCAGGAGAUGGAUGAUGUUUUGGAUUGGAUCGUGAAGGAGUCUCCUGGUGCUGAGCUGAAGAGAGGUUCGGACAGCACCAUGCAUGGGCAGGUGAGGUGUCAGAUCGUCUUCCACAAAUCGCCCGAGGAUGGCGAACAGCAACGACGUGCGGCCGAAAACCAGGAGGGAGACCGGAGAUCAUCACAUCCCUUGCUAACGUUGUACGAGCGUCUGGAGGAGACAAGGCAGCGGUUCAGUGUUUCGUACUACUCUGUCAGCAGGCCUACUUUGGAGGAUGUUUUCUUGGACAUUUUGGAGAACCACGAUUGA